CCUGAAAUAAAACACGAUAUCGAGGAUGUUGAGGCGGAAGCUAAGCCUUAUGAUGAAAUGCCUAUAAGUCACGAAAAAGUGGACACUGGAUUAUGCGAGCCUGAAAUAGACAUUUUUUUUGGAAAAUUUGGAGUGUAUGGAGGGCAAACUGAGUUUGUGGCUGCUAAAACCGAAGAGGAUGAGUCAACGAUGGGUGAUGAUUAUUUCAGUAUUCCUUUAAUGGAUUCACUUGACAUUCAUUCGAAGGAUAAUAAAUGUGAGGCGCAAAAAUUAAAUGUUGUGGUUGAAAACAAAGGAAAAGCGAGAAGAGGACGCCCAAAAAAAAUCGAUAGCCCUCCAAAGAAAAAUAAGACCGACAUUAAAGAAAAACCAGAGCGAAGAAAACGGACUGCCAAUAAAAAGAAAACUCAAAGCAAAGAUAUUGCGCAAAAACCCGAGCACUCCAUCAAUUAUGGUGGAAAAUUAAAAGCUAUCCAAAAGGCUGAUGAAUUUUUGGCGAAAAACACAGAGUUAGAUUGUUUCAUUUGUAAGGAGAAGUUGAAAGAUUUUAAGGACCUUAAAACUCAUUUUCGACAAAAACAUAAAUGCGCUGGCUAUGCGGUUUGCUGCGACCAACGUUUUCUCAAACGCACAUUAUUUGUCGAUCACAUACAACUGCAUAAGAAUCCAGAUUUUUUCAAGUGUUCAAUAUGCCAAAAACAAUUGAUAAGCCGCAAAAAUUACAUCAAUCAUAUGCACUCGUUACACCCAGCAGCUGAAAAUCUUCAAUUUGCUUGCAAACUUUGUCCGAAAAAGUUUAUCAAACAAUACAUUUUAGAUAGUCACAUUAAGAUGUGUCAUAUGUCUAAAAAUCACGUGUGCAAACUGUGCGAUAAAGCUUUUGCCAACAUCUGGACUUUAACUCAGCAUGAAAGAGCUGUACAUCGAAAUGAAUUUGAAUCUGUUUGCGAAAUAUGUGGAAAACGUUUAAGAACCACGGCAAAUUUAAAAUAUCACAUGGACAACAUACACAACACGGAGCCACGUCCAGAGGUGCAGUGUACAGUAUGUCAUAAAUGGCUUAAGAGUGAUCAUAAUUUGCGCAAGCAUAUGAAAUCACAUCGUGAUGAAGCAUCUGGUGUAGUAUUUAAGUGUCCUCACUGUAAUGUUGAGAAAAAAUCAAGAACCUCGCUUUCGUCUCAUAUACUUUAUCAUCACUCAAAUAGAGUUUUCACUUGUACAAUGUGUGCAAAAGAAUUUAAAACUCCAACUAAAUUGAAGGAGCAUGAAGCCACUCAUACUGGUGUCGAUUUGUAUACUUGUUCGUUCUGCCCAAAGACGUUCCGGUCGAAUGCGAAUAUGCACAAACACAAAAUACACAGUCACUCCGAUGAAUGGGUGCGCAAAUACGCGCAACCAAAUGAAUAUACAUUGAGUGUUUUAAACAAAACUCACAACAUAGAGGCGCAACCAUGCAUACCUACAAAUUUAAACGAUUGAUUUAGAAAUUUGCGCAUAUUUCAGUUUAAAUUUUCUAGAAGGGCCCUGUGAUUCCAGCAGCAUUCUCUAACAAAAUGCGCAUGUGCUAACCGAGUUGAAUCCAACUCUUUUAACGAUAUGAGACUUAUGUGAGGUGUCCAGUUAUGGAUUUACAUAUCGUCACCUAAAAUACAAAAAGACGUAACAAACAUCGUCGCUGAUAUGGAAAAGGA